CGUGGGACAGCCGUGGGAGCUGGUCUCGGGGGCAGCUGCUCUCGCCCGAAGCUGCCGCUGAACGGUCUCCUCACGGUCUCCUCAGACCCCUGUUGCGGAGCAGAGGAAGCGGUGCGGGGCUGUUCGGCGGCGGCGCGCCGGCACGGCUUUGCCCGGGGCGCUCCCUUGAGCUGUAGCACUCGAAGGCGCCGCCUCAAGCUAAGCGGAGGCAGUGGCGUUCCCUCGGGAGCUGCCGUGCGCUUACCUCGGCACUGCAUGCACGAGGUUCCGGCGCACGGACGCUUUACAGUUACUAUUGCUUCCUCAGGGACCGGAAGAGGCCAAAGCAUUUAUAGAUGCCUUCCUGAAGCGCAGUAUGCCGAAAAUGAAAGAUGAAGCUAUCCAGGAUGUAUUAACUCGGAAAGCUGUAGUUCUUGAGCAUUACUCCAAAAAAAAGGCAAAACAAAAGAGGAAAAAACCAAAAGGUUUUACUGCCAAGCAAAGGCGAGAACUGCGUCUUUUUGAAAUCGAACCUGAGCAGCGAAGAUACACCCUCUUUCUACCACUACAUGAACUCUGGAAACAGUACAUCAGAGACCUCUGUCAUGGACUUAAACCAGAUGCGCAACCAUAUAUGGUUCAAGGCAAACUGCUAAAAGCUGAUCUCCAUGGAGCUAUUGUUACAGUCACAAAAUCAAGGUGCCCUUCAUACGUUGGGAUAACAGGAAUCAUUCUACAGGAAUUUAAAAAUGUCUUCAAAAUUAUCACUAAAGAGGACAAAUUAAAAGUUAUUCCCAAACUCCACAAUGUAUUUAGCUUGGAGAUUGACGGGUUCAUCUCCUACAUCUAUGGAAGCAAGUUCCAGAUUAGAGCAAGUGAGCGAUCCGCAAAAAAAUUCAAGUUGAAAGGAACUCUUGACCUAUGAUUUUAUGAAAAAUCAGAAGUAUUGAUGGAAAUGUCUGCUGUUCUCUUGCAGUUUAAAUACCAGGUUUUCUGGCACAUUGGAAAUAGAAUAGCUAUGUGAAAUAUGUCUGAAACUUUGUUCUUACUGAAGAAUUAAUUGGUUAUCUCUUGGCUUUAAAGGAGUCUCUCAGACUGUUGGAAUUUGUUAUGUUUUUCAUUUGUAUGUAGCAUUUUGGCUUAUUAAACUUAUAUGAUUAGUAUUGAU